CGCGAGCGGUCGUUAAUAUUUCUUGUCUGUCUCAAUUACUCCAAAUAUGUGUAAAAUCUCUAAAAAAUGAGUUAUGUAAAUGUAGGAGAUUCAGUUUUAGUACAUGAUGAAUUAGGAAUAGUUCGUUUUGCUGGAAGUACCGAUUUCGCGUCUGGAAUUUGGCUUGGCGUGGAGAUGGUUGACAAAGUUGGACGAAAUGAUGGAUCAAUACAAGGAAAACGCUAUUUCACGUGUGAAGAAGGAAAAGGCGUUUUCAUAAGAGCAUGUUCUACUAAUGUUAGAAAACAAACCGAUAAAACUCGAGUAAACUCUGAUUCAAGAAAGAAACCAAAAUCUAUAGACAAGCAGACCUCAACAAAAGCAUCCUAUAAAGCAAAGGAAAACAAAACAAAAGAAGAGAACUCAAAAGGAAGGGAUAAUAAAAAGAAAGUUGUCUGUCCAAGCUUAAACGUGUCCACCCCAACUAAAGUUGAAGGCUCAAAUGUUUCUACUCCUCUUCUUGAACUAACGGCAGAUUCUGAAACUACGCUUAUUUCAAUUGGAAGUGACUCUUUAGAAGAUACUCCAAUAAAUGAGAGCUUUAAAAAUGAUAAAAGAGCAUCAAUCGAUUUUACUAAUUCUCGCAUUUCUGCUCCCCAUUUAUUACUGGAGGAGGAUACAAUUAUUGAAAGCAACACAAAGUUUCAAUUAAAACUAGAAAUAGAAACGUUGCAUAAAGAACUAAACGAAGCCCUUAACAGUUUAAACUACUACAAAACUUCCCACAAUAAGGCUAAUGAGCAGUUAAAGAAAACGAGUUUGGAACUGGAAGAGCUAAAUAAGGAGAAGGAAAUGAAUUCAGCAUGGAAAAGCAUUCGGCCAAAGCUACAGAAAAAGAUGCUUUCGAUGCAAGAAGAAAUUGAAAUACUAAAACAGCAGCUUAAACAUUGUAAACUUAAAGGUCAAGGAAUUGAAAACGAAUUUGAAGAUACUGAAAUGAAGAAACUUACUCAAGAGGAUGUGAUUACAGAAAAGCCUGCAGAUAUGCUGGUAAGCAACAAAACAAUGUACGAAGUCAAAGCAAAGGACGAAAAUGAUGGAGAUUACGCAUGCUCCAUUGAUGAAAUAAAGAAGGAAAACCUUGAAUUGAAAAUUCAAGUUAAAGAUCUUCAGCUGUUGAAGGAGCUUUCUGAUGAAAUCGAACGAGAUCAGUCAGACAAAAUAGCUUCCUUAGAAAAAGAAGACAAACGGAAAGCCGAGCUUUUUAUUUUAUUUGAAAAUACUUUCUCUCAAAACAUAGAAAAUCUGCAAACACAGAAACUUCAACGAGAGCAAACUGAAUAUCGAAGUUUUCACUCAACGCUUGCAGAUAUGGACAACACGGCAGUAUUUGUACGGGAAGUCUUUCAUAACUUAGCGAACCUGACAAAACAAUGUUAUGAAUUUAGAUUCGAAAUAUUACAAAAGCUAUAUUUGGAUGACGAAUCUGGCUGCGUUUCGGAAAUUUCUUUCAUGCUUUUUUAUAUACAAAAAGUUUCUUCCUCCUUCAAUCAAGGCAUCUACAAUAAAAUCAACCAAGCCGAAAAUGGGAAACCAAAACUUUCCUCAGACUUUAUUGAACAGUGGUAUUAUAUUAUUUUGGUUACAGAAUGGAGCAAAUGGUUAAUUGCAUUCACUUGCGAAAAUGGAGCUUUUGCUUUAUCUUCCGAUCUACGAUUAAAGGACACAAUUAUUGACAUUUUCCAUUUAUUUGAAGCAUAUGUUAAAGAUCCCGGAGGGCCUAAUAAAGGAAUUCUUCAGGAUAUCUGGGGUCGAAUUGAAAAUUGGGUAAAAGAAAGGGCUAGUGAUGUUAUUUUUAACUCUUUUGAUGAGCUCUACCGAUGUGUGCAGCUGUUAAACUCCGUCUUUCUUAUUGACAUGGUUACAGAAAAUAUUUAUGAGACUCAAAUUGAUGAUUCGGACGGUGUACUAAGUGAAAUAAGUGAAUUAGCAGCUAUAACUAAAGAGAUAAAAGUAUUCUUACAACACAAAGACGAACAGGGAAAGGUGUUUUUUCCCAAAGAAAAAAUCAUCUCACCGAAUCUUUCAUCAGUAGUCGAAAAAUUACUUUUCGAAUCGCAAAAUCAGGGUGGGCACAGUCAGAAUACUUAUCCGCGAAUAAUAAAAGUUUGGAAGGAGUUCUCCGAAGAAAUUAGGAGAAGCUUACUGAAACUACAAUCUUAUAUUGUCGAGAAGGGUGAAGCGGUUUUUUCUGAAUUUAACCCUCAGUGUUUUAGGGAUGUUAUACUUACAGCUUUACCUUCUCCGUCAAAAGAAAAAUUCAAAAAACAAGAUUUGGUAAAAGAAAAUAGCUCUCUUAAACUAGCAGUUUCCGAAACAAACGAGCUGAUUACUCACCUAAAAAUUCAAAUUGACAGGUUGAGUAAACAGACUAGAGAGAAAGAAGAUCUUGAGAAGAAGAUAAAAAGCUUUGAAGUUUUGGAGAGUGGGCUCCGGAAAGAAUUGAUGAAAACAAAAUCUGAUCAAAAAAAUCUAAACGACAAUGAUCACCUUAUGAAAGUAUUACUCGAGGAAAAGCAACAGCUGGAAGAAACGUUCAAACAAAAUGAACAAAAACUUCGAAUGAAGUUUCAGGAAAUGAUCAGAAAAUUAAAACAGGAUUUGAACAAAGCUAGGAAAGAGGUUUUACACGUUGACCUGGAUCAAAAAGAAGACUAUGAAUGGCUAUCUAUGUCUUUAAGUCAUAGAAAUGACCGUUCAGUAGACAAUUACAUGAAGAUUCCCCAACGCGUACAUAGUCUCGCACUUGAGAUGAAACCUUUUUCGGUGAAUCGUUACUUUGAUUCUGAACGAACUAAAAAAAGGGAACGUCCGAGUGAUGCUCAUGUUUCGCAACUUUUUAAAUAUAAUGAGUUUGCAAAGUCGUUAUGCAAAUCAAAUCAUGUUUAAUGUAAAUACAAAGGUAGCAACAUGCAUUAUCGCUAGGAAUACUAAUUAAAACUUAAUUUAUUGAGAUAGA